AAAAAUAUUUUAGUUCGCUCUUUCUGUGCACAAAGCAUAAAGUGUCGGGAAUUUAAAAAGUUACAAAUUUUUUCUUCGAAUUUAUUUGUGGUGCAUUUUAAAGCUUGUUCAAGCAACGAGGAAUUCUUGUAUCAAUUUUAAUAAUUCAAUUUUGAUUUUGAUUCUCUGUUCAAAUCAUCGACAAGUCUCGCACAUAAUGGAGAAUUUGAUUGAGAAACAACUUUUGGACGUUGCUGAGAAGCUUACAGAACUUGUGGCUGAGAACAAAGAAGCUGCCACAGCCAAAGUUGAGUCUGAAGUUGAGUCUGAAGUUGAGUCUGAAGUCCAAAUCAAGUUGGAGCCUUUGGAGGAGAUUGAAGUUCAUUCUGUGCAGGAGGAGGAGGUAAAGCUCCAAUUAGACGAUGAAGCUGGCAAGUUGAAUGUUGAGAUAUUGAUCGAGAAUAAGGAGAUCAAGACUGAGACUGAGACUGAGAACGAGGAAGAGAGUUUUGAAUCGGCUGAUGAAGCUGGCCAGUUGAAUGUUAAGAUAUUGAUCGAGAUUAAGGAGAUCAAGACUGAAACUGAGAACGAGGAAGAGAGUUUUGAAUCGGCUGAUGAAGCCUCGACAUUUUUAACACCCACUAGCUCUCGUUCUCGUUCCCGUUCCCGGAGUAGCACACCGGAAUCGUCUCCCAUGAGACCGAUCAUUACUUCUCCAGUUCCUCGACGCCAGCCACCACCUAAAGUUGAGGAACUCUCUGAAACAUCCGAGUCUUCGAUGGAGAAUGAACAAGAGGAGGAGGAAGGCGAUGAGACAUUUGUGAAGAAGGAGCCCGAUGUCGAUGACUCUGAGAACAAGUUGGUCAUCGAUGAGAACAAUGAGAUAGAGAGCAAGCCGGAUAGCAACAAGAAAGUCGAAGCAAAGGAAAUGGCUGAUGCUGCUGGGGAAAUUCAAGAAGUCGCUAACGAGAUCUCUGGCAAUGCAGAGCAGUUGGAGAAAGUUGAGAAAGCAGUUGCCAAUAAAGAAUCGGAAUCUAAUGUUGAGGAACGACUCUCGAUGAAGCGAAAGAUGUAUGACAACCAGUCUGAUGGAUUCGAAAAGAAGAAGAAAGUUCCAGAGUCAAAGGAACUUAAAAAUGUUCUUAAGUAAAUGACUCAGUACAAAACACAUUUGCAUUUUUGCAUUUUACAAAUUCAAAAAUGUCAUUAUAACAUAUCAAUAAUAAUUGAUAUUCUCAUAAAAACAUCAAACAAAGCAACGUAACAAAAUGGAAUUUGGUACCAUUCAAUUUAUUUCUUCUCCUGAUGAAAAAAAAACUUCGUUUUUGGC